AUGUUGAAUUGUCCGAAUACAUCGGAACAAUCAAUUUUAGAGCCAAAUCUUUCAUUCAUUGCAUCGAAUGAAACUGUUCAUACUACAUUAUCACCGCCACUUAUCGGCACAUCAAACACAACAUUCGUUCCAAAUAACUCUGGUGUAAUGACAAAUCAAACGGCUGAACAUAAUAAGAUGUCACCACCGACUUCUCGUCCUGGUUAUAAUACAACAACUGCUGAUCGUAAACUUCGUCCGAAUAGUUUAGAUAUUCGGCAACGACAAACAGGGCUACCUCAUCCGAUGUUAACAUCAGACGAUUAUAAUAAAUUAAUACUAUCUACACCUGAAUUAGAUGAAAAGUUACGCGGUUAUACAAAUAUUGUUACAAGUACAUCAACGCCAACCAUUCAGUUACAAACACCUGAUGUAAUUAAUUCCAUUACAAAUGUCUUUUCUCAGCAGCAACGGCAGCAAAUUUCGCAACAGCAGUUUAUGACUGAUGGUACUCCAAGUCCCAGUUAUAAGCUAUUAGAAGAGCUGAUGAAUUCACAACAAUCUACUACUAAUAAUCAGGGUAACUCUACUCCUGAUAUAUUAACAGCAAUUCAACAACUGUCAUCUCAGCAACCGUUAAUAAUAGUUCCACCUGACAAUCAUAUAACAAUAACCCCACAAUUUCUUCAACAAUUACAAAAUACAUUCACUAAUAAUCCGGAGACAGCAAUGACAAUAGCAAAUAACGAACAUUUACAAGCGUUAGUUUAUGCACUCCAAAAAGCUGCAUCAACGCCGAACAGUUCUAUAACACCGAAUAUGGAAAUUAAUAAUCAUGUAUUUACAACAGACAAUAAUACAAAUACUAGUAAUAGUGUUCGUAAUGUAUCUAUUUCACAAAAUCGAUCUCACUCACCACAAAUGGAUACGUCUGCCAAUGAUUCAUCCACCUCUAGCUCUUUGUCUCCAUUAACGCACUCGUCAUCUUCAACAUUGCAUACAAACAAUAUACAAUUGGGUAAAAUCAAAGAUGAACCACAACACGUGCCAUCAGGUUCCUCGUCACUAAUAACGACAACAACAACAAUGUCAAAUACAAUACCGGGAAUCGAAAGGAUAAAUAUGGAACAAAAUGAAGUUGUUAAACGAGAAAAAAAACGGGAAAGAAACCGUCAGGCUGCUCAAAAAUGUCGUACAAGAAAAUUAACCCGUAUUGCUGAACUUCAAAAGCGUGUUAAUGAAUUACAAGGUAAUAAUAAACAUUUGAAUGAUACUGCCGAACAAUUACGGCACGAAAUAUCCAAAUUAGAGAGACAAUUACAUGAUCAUCAAACGUCUGGUUGCAAUUUAACAUACACAACAUCAACGUCUGCUCCAAUAUCAAACUACAAUUAUUCAAGAUAA